CAGAGCUUUGCACCAGUGACAUCUCCUUUUCUCGUCCUACUAAGGAAAAGUGCUGAAGUUCUUUCUUCGGGAGCUCGACUUGAUUUGCUGCUGUUCAGAACUUCAGAACCUAAGAACAUGGCAACAUCAUCUAUGGUCAUGGACAGUCACCCUCCAAUGAAUGAGGAGAGGAAGAAGAGCAGGGAAGAAGUGCUUGACGCCUUGGAAAAUCUUGGCCCAUACAGCGAAGCCAUUGAUGCAUGUGGUGACACGGUGCUGAAGUAUAUGGGUUCCAUUGUUUCACAAAUGUGUUCGUCUGUUGUAAGUCAAGCUUUCAAAUGGAUCACAACAGAAGAUGGUAAAGUCUUAUGUCUCAACCUUGUACGCUACUUUUACGAGAGGCUUACAAAGUCAGCAGACAGUCAGAAGGUCGAUGUGUGCAGUGGGAGUGGGGAACUGCACAUCGUGCUGGUGGGUAAAGGCAGCAUCAGUGAUCAGACCCGUCCUGCUGACUGUUUUGUGCCUCUGAAUACCAUCACUGAUACAAUCCUGUAUCCUCCAUGGAACUGCGCCAUUGACGCCAAAGUUGCUUACGGCAUCUCAACAGGAGACAUCCUGCCCGAGCACCGAGACUUCGGAGACUGGACACCUCAGAGGCCCCUCCCUGAAGUCUGGAACUCCAUGAAAGAUCGGCAGGGAAAAAGAGUUCCUGAGAUCAUCCUUGGUCCCCUUACAACUGAUGCUGAUUUUAUAUUGAAGCUCACAGCAUUUUUAAACUCAGUGUCACUGUGGGAAGAUCGCAAACGCCUUAUCAUAAUGUAUUCACCAGGAGGCUUCCUUGCUAGGUGGCUACCAGAAGUGACUUUAUAUCAGAUCGUUGGUGUGAUUGCAGUCCUGCUCUGGAUCCUACGUAGCAAAGCCACCAUUCACCUGGCUGCAGGUCUCCAGUCCAGAGGAACUCCACCAGCAGAGAUGGAGGCGAUGUGGCAGGAACUGUAUGCCUACACACCCAACGGCACUGUAAUGACCACACAGAACAUGGAGCACGGGGAGUUUAACAUGCUGUACAACCUCCUUUGCACCGCAUUCGAGUAAUCACAUGACAAUGAAGAGGGCUCAAAACGAAUUAACAAAAUAGCUAAUUUCUAUCCUUUUCACAGGCAAUAU